AUGGACCGUGAUGACAGUGUUACACAGCAAUCCUUGAUGUCCAAUAUGAGCGAUGGACCAGAAACACUUCCAAGGCUUCACUCCCCAACCCAAGGAAGCGUCCGCGCCGUCGAGACAGAAGAGCAAGAAAAUGCCACACAACAACAAUCUUUGUCAUCACAUAUAGGAGACGACACGCAGACACCUCCAAAACCCCAAAACUCGAGUUCCGAAAGCGACGCCGAUACUACGAAAGAACAAGCCCACGCCAAUUACACCACCAUCGCCAAUCAUAAAAGAGCUCCUCAUCUCUGGCUCUCCCAACUCGCCUCAACAUGGUGGAUCGAAAGCAUCACCAUCUGCAUCAGCUUCGCCUGCAUGGCCGCCCUCGUCUGCAUCCUCGCCCUCUUCCAAGACCGCCUCACCACAGACUGGCCCUUCUUCAUCAGCCUCAACGCCACCAUCGCCAUCGCAAUCACGGCCGCAAAGGCAACGCUCCUCGCCCCCGUGUCAGUCUGCCUCAGCCUGGAGAAAUGGAACCGCUUCAGGAACAAGGCCCACCAUCUCCAAGAUCUCGCCAUCAUCGACACGGCGAGCCGCGGGCCUCUCGGUGCUGUACAGAUGCUCUUCCGGGUCUCGUGGGGGUUUGCAAGCUUGAGUGCAGUGGUUGUCAUUCUGUCCAUCCUCACAGAUACACUGGUGCAACAAGUGGUAUAUCUCGAACCAGGCACAAUCUACGCUUACCAAGAGUAUUCGGCAAGGUUCGGGUACGCAUAUGGUUUUGACGGGGCGGAUCCCAAAGAGGGCGAGGAUGCUGCCAAUGAUAACGUCGCAAUCGCCUUCCUUAGAGGCUUAUAUCAGGCAGAUUGGCCAGACUAUUUCGCAUGCAACUCAAACUGCACCUGGGACGACCAUUAUCUCACCCUGGGCUUCAGCAGCACUUGCGCCAACGCGACAGACGAAACCGUCGGCACUUUGGAAUGCGAUAAUGGCGAGCCCUGGCCAGGGCAUUGCCGCAUGACGACGCCAAGGGGGCGCGUGCAGUUCAAUUUCGGCCCUCAGUAUGCGCCAAUGACGUUGAACGCGAGCGAAGCAAUGUUCCAACAUUUCACAUACCGCGAGCUGGACAACAAGUCUGAUUCUCUCAAAGAUACCGAUCUCUUUGCAGCCUCCAUCUGGACUCUCCCUGAGCCUCGCUUCUCAGGCGAACAAAACCUGGCCGAGUAUAAAAAGACGCUCCUUCGAGAGUCGGUGGUGGUUGAGUGCACGCUUGGCAUCACCCUGUACAACUAUUCCAAUGUUUCAUCAACUUCAAACGUUUUCAACAUUGGCAGAACCGAGCAAAUACCCAUCGGCAACUACAGCGGCUACACAUGGGGACGACCUGAGUGGGAUCCUCUGAAUGACCCCACCUUCUGGUGGAAUGAUACUGGCCCGGGACUGCCAGACGUUUCUUUCCUCUCCCGUUACGUAGACAUCAUUGUCACGUUCAUGAAGUCGAGGGAAUUCUCCGGCACAUCGUAUCCGUACAACGUCCCCAUUCGCGUUGAUAACGUCGAUUGUCCAGGCGCCACACGAGCGUUUAUGGACGGCACUCUGGAACAAGUUUCUUACAUCUUUGAUAGAGUCGCAAUGAGCUUGACGCACAUGAUACGCCGGGGCAACUCGAUGCAGACGGCACAGGGCAAAACGAGCCAAGCCGUCGUCUUCAUCCGCGUGCGCUGGAGGUGGCUCAUCCUACCCCUAGCCGUCCAUCUCUUGGGAGCGAUUGCCCUCGUCGGAACCAUCAUCGGAAGAUCCAGGGACGUGCCACUAUGGAAGGGCUCAGCUCUGGCAGUGCUAUAUCACUCUGUUGACAAGGAUGGGGUUUUGGGAACUCGGGUGAAGAACCCGAAUGAGCUGGAAAAGGUCAAGAGCAUACAAGUUAUGCUGGAAAAGAAGAGUAACAUUUCCGAUUCGUAG